AACGACAAUACAUUAGACCUGCGUGUGCUUCAUCUGUUGCACUCAAAGGAGGUAACGUCUUCUUUUGUCCCGAGACAUGUUGAAGAUAAUUUUGUCUGACAGGCAAUGGAUGUUUUUCUACUUUAUGGUUUCAGGUACUUGCUGUCUGGUCACAGUCCACCAGCCUCCAGUGCUUACCACUGCUCUGGGUGAUGAUGUCAUGAUGCCGUGCCAGCUCAACAUAUCCCACAGUGAGAAAAUGGUGACCUUACCGGUUCUGUAUUGGGUGUACGUAACACAGGGCCCUGUGAGAACCAAAGUGUGGUUCCCCUCUGGGAGAUAUGAGGGACGUGUAGACCUUCUGGACAACAAUGCAAACUCUUCAAACAAGUCCAUACACCUCAAGAAUGUCCAUUGGGCCGACAGCGGGAAAUACCUCUGCAAACUCUCCAUGACCACACAGAGGGCUAAAAGUUUCAGGAAGAUAGGAAAUGGAACUUUCCUGUUGGUUCAUGACACAAUGAUGUUUAACCUCACCAGUCACAAUGACUCUCUGCUCUGGUGUGAAGUAAACGUGACCCAGGAUCCUCGAUUAGUUUUGUCCAUUUUUCAUGAUGGAUACAAACUCCAAACUGUUGAAUCUGCUCUAGGAGAGAAUGUCACAGCUCUGCCCUACGUCACGCUCUCUGAGGCUGUUUCUCUGAGGAGCGCUGGAAAAUAUGAGUGUCAGCUGCACCUGAACAAAAAUCUGAUAAUGAAAAGCAUCUUCCACUACCAUCCAUCUGAAGAAGAUGGAUAUGCUAAAAAUGUUUCUGUAACAUGUCCCACAACUACCUCUGGUGUGGAGAUGUUUCCAGAACCAUGGGCCAUGUAUAUAGGUCUCCUCCUGGUGCCCAUCACCAUCCUGCUGGGCCUCGUAAUUACCCUGCCUAUGUGCAGAAGCUGAGUUUGUCAACAUCUGGCUGGAACGGAGAUACUUGGCAAUGAAAAUCCAUGCUGGCAUCAGAGAAAAGAGACUUGUCUCUCCAAUGCAUUUUCAGGAUCAAAGGGACCAGCCGCAGUCAAUUCAAGUUAAACCACUGUCAAAUAUUUACCUGCAUCUGAAUUCAGAGGCGGCAGCCUUCAAAGUCCUAAGGCAUUGUAAUGGUUCCACAAGGCUGUCCCAUGUUAGAAAUGUUGCUCUCUUUCCCUCACAUUUAUAGGACACAUUCAGCUCUCAGAAUCCCAAAAUCCAUUUUGAACCGGUCAGUUGUUUCAUGAUGCAUCCUGGCAGUCAUUAUUAACUCCCCGUGCAAGUUGCCCUGCUUUGACCCCAGGCUUCGACACCAGUUGAUACAACUAGUGUGGCAGUAUCAUUGGCUCACAGAACAUCUGAUGUGGGGUGCACAUUUAAACACAGGCUGCAACAAAGCCGUCCCAACAAUUUAUUGAUAGCACUGAUGGAUGGAUGGUGGAUGAUUUUCUUGUGUUCUGCAUUAUUAAUCCAUCCACAAUCUUGGCAGUUCUGUAAGCUUCUGGAUUUCCUAAACAAAGAAAUAUCUGUUCUUUCUUUGUGUCUAACUAGGAGUCUAUGGUGGGUGGAUGAAGAUAAAGCAAGGCACGGUGGCUUGUGAUUAAAAUGUGCCUCCCACAUCAGAGCCAAUGCUACUUUCAACUGUCAAUAACGUUUAAAGUUGGGAAAUAUCACGGGACUACGUCAUAUUUACCAGGUGCUUUCCUUUGAAUGAUUCAACAGUCACUGGUGUAUAUAUCACAUGAAGUGUGGACUGUUUUCCAGAAACACUACUGGGGCAUAUAAUGUAAAUCAUGUAAACUGUGUCAGCCCCUGAAAUGAAUUGGGAUGCAGCAAGUGAUGAUAUGACAGCAUCAAAUACAUCAUGACGUUUUUGGCAUUGAAACAUGCACGUCAAACAUUUUGGCAAAAUGUGUUAAAGGCAUUAAAAUAAUCUCAUUGAUGACUCUGAUUUUAAAGUGGAGGGUCCCUGUGACUAAAGCACACCACAAAACAAUGUAUGUCUCUGUAAUAUACUGUUUAUUAAGACAUCAUUGCAAAUCACUUCUUAUUCCAAAUACUUAGAGGGAUGAUCUGCAUCUAUUGUUUCCUUUGCCUAACCACAACUUCUGCAAUAAUUUGUCUACCAAUCUAAAAUGCAUAUCAAAAAGAACAAAGUUAUUUCUCUAAUUUAUGCAUUCUUACUGCUCUCUGGUUGAUUGUACAGACCCAUGUUGAUACUAGUCAUAUGUUUUGUUUUAGAAUGUUGUUUUUUUUUAUGUCUUCAUCAGAAAUCUGUAACCUCAGUUUCCUCCUUCCUCAGAAAUCUGUUCUUCUUCUUCACCAUUAGUUCCUCCACAACGCUUUCUAUUUCUAACGAUGACUGAGGCUAGUUGCACAAAAGAGGCAAGCAUUUUUUUUCUUUUACAUAUUAAACAUUUGUGAAUCAUUUAUGUGAUAACUAGAGAUAAACCCACAUGGCAUUGGCUUAACAUAAAGCAUAAACCUAAACAACAAUUAAUCAAAUGAGCAAAUCUCAAAAGCAAAAUCUGUGGCUAAAAUAGACUCAAUUGACCUCUUAAGUCAAAUGCAUCGUCUAUCAGUGCAUCAAACAUGAUUUUUGUAUAAGAAUCACUGAAGAUAAGUUUACAUUUGUGAAUGAGUGAACAAGUUUAUCUUACUGGAUGGCACCUGAUACAGAGAUUGCACUAUUUUGGGUUUUCUCUGUUAUGUACAGAAUGGUUAUCACAAAGAAAGUAAUUUUAAGACUGGAAGUCAGAUACUGUAGCUCAGUUUAAGACUGAGCUCACUAGUAUCUUACAUUAGUCUUAAUAAAUUCUGGCAGCCAUUUCUGGAUUAUCUUGCUCGAUAUGACACUGCAUCUGAUCAGCAAUAUACUCUGUUGUGUGCCGUCCACCUCUGUUUUGGAGAAUUUGUGCCAACAUGCGUUGUAUGAGAGAUACAGCAGUGUAAUCAAUUA